AGCCCGGUUGGAGACCUGGAUGAUGGUGGGGGUGUGGAUGUGGGGGGGCAGCCAGGGGGUCCGGAGGGCAGCGGCACCGUGCUGACGCCCCUGCAGCCGAUGUCUCCGCAGCGCCAGGCUCUGCUCAGCAGCCGGUGCUAUCAGCUGAGCGAAGCCGACUGCUGGGACCUGCCCGUCGACUACAAGAUCAAACGGAUCGGGGACGAGCACGACCACAAAGAGUCUUCUUAUUUCUCGUCCCUGCACCAGGGCGAUGAGAUGGACCCGUUCCAGGAGCUGAUGGACGAGCAGCGCUACCCGGCAGAGGUCACCAUGCCCAGCCCCAAACACCACAAGUACCCGCCCUGCAAGGAGGGCAAGAAGGAGCUCAUCACGUUGUCGAGCUGCCAGCUGGCCGACAAGAACAUCCGCGGGAUGAUGAGUCCCAACGCACAAGAACUCAGGUGAUUCUUCAGUUUGAAAUACUCCGAGCAUGUUCAGAGCAUGGCUGCAG